AUUUUGGUGUGCAUAAUUCUCUGCCCCCCUAUCCCAAUCCCUCUUUACUUUGCUUCCUUCGCUGGCGGACGGAGCUCAAGUCGUUCUUUAGCUUUUUCAAUUCAACUUGGGGAGCCUGGCAACCCAUUGUCUAAUUUCAUUCAAAUUUGGUGGAAAAAAUAAUUAUUAGAAGUUGCACCUGUCGAGUCUGCUUCAAAAUACAAAGGUCCACAGAAAGGAUACUUUGAGAGGGUCGUUUAAAUGAGAUUGGAGAUGCUCCUGUCUUUGCUGCUGUGUGCCAUCUGUCCGCUCGUCCUACCGUCCUCCUCUACCCCCAGCCAAGCCUCAGAUGACUCCAGACUCCUACAGGUGACCAUCCCUACGACCCCUCCCUUAUCUGCCGUCUUGGGGGGCUCUCUUACCCUACCUUGCCUGGUGUCUCUGUCCCACCCGCCCCCCAAUACAAAUGGCCGCCAUGCCGUACUCUCCCUACCCAGGGUCAAGUGGAGCGUGCUGUCCCAGGGACACGAGACUGAGAUCCUGGUGGCCCGAGGGGACAGGGUGAAGGUCAGCGAGGCCUACAAGGACAGAGCCUCCCUGCUCCAUUACGCCUCCUCCCCAGCCGACCUCACCCUGAGGCUGAAGGGCCUGCAGUACAACGACUCUGGCUUCUACCGCUGUGAGGUGCAGCAGGGCCUGGAGGAUGCUAACGAUGUGGCUCAGGUCAAGGUCAAAGGGGUGGUGUUCCACUACCGGGAUGCUUCCAGUCGCUAUGCCUUUACCUUUGCGCAGGCCCGGUAUGCCUGUGAGGAGAUCGGGGCUCACAUCGCCACCCCAGAGCAGCUCUUGGCAGCCUACCACAGUGGCUAUGAGCAGUGUGAUGCGGGCUGGCUCUCAGACCACUCAGUGAGUAUCAACACUCUUCUCCACAGAUAUCCCAUCCAGAUGCCACGAGAGGGAUGUUUUGGAGACAUGGAUGGGCAUCCUGGAGUGAGGAACUAUGGGCUGCUGGAACCUGAUGAGCUGUACGAUGUAUACUGUUAUGUGGAGAAUAUAGAGGGGGAAGUGUUCCAUGGAUCUGCCCCCCGAAGUUUCACCCUAUGGGAAGCUAAGGCCUAUUGUCUGGCUCAGGGAGCGGAGCUGGCUACCACAGGUCAGCUGUAUGCAGCCUGGAAUGAUGGACUGAACGCCUGCAGCCCGGGGUGGUUGGCUGAUGGGAGUGUACGCUACCCCAUUGUCACUCCCAGGGAGCGUUGUGGUGGAGGGGAGCCUGGAGUCAGGACUGUCUAUCGCCAUUUGAACCAGACAGGCUUUCCAGAGGCACACACUCGCCACGACACUUACUGCUUCCGAGGCAACAGCAACACUCACACAGAAUCUCCCCAUGAUUACCUGGCAACAGAGCCAGAGGACAUCGGCCAGGACAUUGUGACGCUGCCUGAGCCUCUGGAGGAAUUCAGCCUGGGUCAGGUGACGGAGCAGGUGGUGAGCGAAGAAGCUCAGGGCUCCCUGACUGCCGUCCCUGUUCCAGAGGAGCAGUACGCAUCAGAGCAUAUAGAGGAGCAAGGGGCUGUCCCUGGAGAACAGUACCCAGAGCAGAGGGCUGUCCCUGGAGAACAGUACCCAGAGCAGAGGGCUGUCCCUGGAGAACAGUACCCAGAGCAGGGGGCUGUCCCUGGAGAACAGUACCCAGAGCAGAGGGCUGUCCCUGGAGAACAGUACCCAGAGCAGGGGGCUGUCCCUGGAGAACAGUACCCAGAGCAGGGGGCUGUCCCUGGAGAACAGUACCCAGAGCAGAGGGCUGUCCCUGGAGAACAGUACCCAGAGCAGAGGGCUGUCCCUGGAGAACAGUACCCAGAGCAGAGGGCUGUCCCUAGAGAACAGUACCCAGAGCAGAGGGCUGUCCCUGGAGAACAGUACCCAGAGCAGGUGGCUGUCCCUAGAGAGCAGUACCCAGUGCAGGUGGCUGUCCCUGGGGAGCACGGAGAAGAACAGGGGUUUGUUCCUGGAGAACACGGAGAGGAGCAGGGGGCUGUUACUGAGGAACAGUACACAGACCAGCCUGGAGAGGAGCAGGGGGCUGUCGAUGGCCAGGGCCCUACUGUUGUCUAUCACGAGGAGCUACCCUUUCCGGUUGAACCCCAAGACCCAUUCACCCCCACAUCCUUCCCCCAAGAACUGGAGCCCACAGAGGACACCUGGCAGCCGGUGAAAGAGGUCAGCAACCCAGAAUCAUAUCAGCCUGCCCCUGAGGAGACAAACUUAGACUCAAACUACACAGUCACACCCUUUGAUGAGCUGAAUGCAAACCCAACACUGUAUCCACUUUCUCCCGAGACAAAUCAUGAGUCAGGUGAUCUUACAACUGCUCAUGAAGACAACAUGAGUAGCCCCGAUCCCUACCAGCCCUUGUCAGAGUCAAACGUGGAAUCAGGAGAACUCUCUAUAGAGGGUGUACCAGGGACUGCUCUGGAGGCCCCCGUGCCCACCACAGGGUAUGAGGAGGUGGACGGGUCCAGUGAUCCACAGCCCAUGCCUGGCACAACCCCUGAGAGUGGUGUGUCUCAGUAUGGUAUUUCAGAGGAAAGCCAUCUGCAAACAGGGAUCACCCAGGAGACCGAACACUACACUUUUACCUCUGAGACCGCAGGCUACAAUGUAUCAGGAGUUGAAGCCACUACUAGUCAUGACAGCUCUCCAGAGGAGGAACUGGAAAGUGGGCUGCCCACACCUGAGGAGGACCAUUCUGGAGAUGAGCAUGUCAUCCAGGAGCAUGUCACAGACACAGACUCGGUCUACCCAAGCACCUCUUACGACCUCUCAGGAGGGUCAAUCAGGCCUGAGGGAGCCAUCGCUGGGGGUGUUGAGGAGACAUCUGUAUCUUCCACUUCACCUCACGAGGAAACGGAGCUCUUCCCUGACCAGUCCACCACUCAGCCUCCAUACUGGGAGAACACACCUGAAUACCGCCGUACCAACUCUGUGGACCACAGUGCCAGUGUCCUUCUCCCUGAGGAGCAUACCACAUCACUGGACUCAUUAGUAAUCCAGACAGCGGAGAACAGUGGCUCUGCUACUGCUGAGUCAGGAGACCUGGCUCCCCUAAGCCCAGUGGAGAUGGACCCCAAUGAACUGAUCCCUACCUCUGAAUAUGCUUUUGACCCCACUCAGGAGCAGUCUGGUGUCACGUCACCUGACUCCUCUACCCUAGAUGACCAUGUGGAGCAGAAGGCAGGAGGCACAGUGGACGCAUUAUCAGAAGUUUCCAUGGGCUCCACUGACCUGGGUUCAGUUCCAACUGACGAAGUCCUCACAGUUACUUAUGACACUGGCUCUAAUGAAGCCUCUGGGGUCCACGAGGGAAUGCUUGACGUUACCCUCUUGAAAUCCCCCAAACCUAUAACCUAUUCCCCCCCGACCCAGCGAUCCGUGGAAGCAGAGGCCAGCUCCCCAGGUGACUUCAGAACCUUCAUCCCAGAAUCCAGCGUUCCAUCUGGGUUUGAUCCCCUGGAGGAAGGGCUGGAGAAGGUGGAGCAAGAGGGGUUGGGUGAAAUCUCAGAAGUAGUCGAAACUACUACUCCAGAGACAGCUUCUGGUGAGGAGGGGAGUGGAGAUGAGCAGAAUGGUCAGGAGGUGAGUGGAGAAGAGGAGAGUGGUCAGGAGGUGAGUGGAGACGAGAAGAGUGGUCAGGAGGUGAGUGGAGACGAGAAGAGUGGUCAGGAGGUGAGUGGAGAUGAGAAGAGUGGUCAGGAGGUGAGUGGAGACGAGGAGGGUGGCCAGGAGGCGAGUGGAGACGAGGAGAGUGGUCAAGAGGCAAGUGGAGACAAGGAGAGUGGUCAGGAGGCGAGUGGAGACGAGGAGAGUGGCCAGGAGGCGAGUGGUCAGGAGGCGAGUGGAGAUGAGGAGAGUGGUCAGGAGGCGAGUGGAAACGAGGAGAGUGGCCAGGAGGCGAGUGGAGACGAGGAGAGUGGUCAGGAGGCGAGUGGAGACGAGGAGAGUGGUCAGGAGGCGAGUGGAGACGAGGAGAGUGGUCAGGAGGCGAGUGGAGACGAGCAGAGUGGCCAGGAGGCGAGUGGAGACGAGGAGAGUGGUCAGGAGGCGAGUGGAGACGAGGAGAGUGGGCAGGAGGCGAGUGGAGAUGAGAAGAGUGGUCAGGAGGCGAGUGGAGAUGAGGAGAGUGGUCAGGAGGCGAGUGGAGACAAGGAGAGUGGUCAGGACGCGAGUGGAGAUGAGGAGAGUGGUCAGGAGGCGAGUGGACACAAGGAGAGUGGUCAGGAGGUGAGUGGCCAAGAGGGAGUAGAGUCCAGCUCAGGAUCAGGAUCAGGCGAGGUGCAUUCUGCAUCUGCUGAAUCUGGAGAAAGCUCAGGGAUCCUUGAACCAGAAGUCCCAUACAUCAAUGAAACUGUCACUCCCAUCAAUGGCACAACUGUCAAUGGCACAGAUGAAAGCGAGCCUGAGUCGAGCACAGAUGCGCCCUCUACUGACAUGGAGAUCACGCUGCUCCCUGACUUGUCCCAGACCCCCGUGCCCUCACCCACCGUACCCCAGGAGUCCCGGGCCGAUGUAGAUCUGGAGUACAGUGGGGAUACCUCAGUCACGGAGGAUCCUGACUCCAUCACUCCACCCACUGAGGAGCCUGAGGAGACCCCCAGCCCGACGCCCACCACAGAGGACUACGAUGACCAGACUACGACGGCAGCACCCCUAUAUCCAGAGGACGUUGAUGAGGAGAAACUGAUUACCACUCCUACUACUCCAAGAUUUGGGAACAUUUCAGAUGCCUGCCUAGAGAAUCCUUGUUCCAACGGGGGAACAUGUGUCAACAGUGGGUCUUCAACCAAGUGCCUUUGCUUGCCCACCUAUGGAGGAAACAUGUGCCAGACAGACCUGGAGGUGUGUGAGCCGGGUUGGGAAAAGUUCAUGGGCUUCUGUUACCAACAUUUCACCAAGCGUCAGGGCUGGGAGGUGGCAGAGCAGCACUGUCGUUUGUGUGGCGGUCACCUGAUCUCGGUCAUGACCCCUGAGGAGCAGGACUACAUUAAUGAUAAGUACAGAGAGUACCAGUGGACGGGACUGAAUGACAGGACCAUAGAGGGAGACUUCCGCUGGUCUGACGGGAAUCCUCUGUUGUAUGAGAACUGGUACCGGGGCCAGCCGGACAGUUACUUCCUGUCUGGAGAGGACUGUGUGGUGAUGGUAUGGCAUGACGGGGGGCGCUGGAGCGAUGUGCCCUGUAACUACCACCUCUCCUACACCUGCAAGAAGGGCACCUCUUUCUGUGGCCAGCCCCCCGUCAUUGCCAACGCCAAGGUGUUUGGUAAGUCGCAUCUGCGCUACGAGACCAACUCCAAGGUGCGCUACUACUGUGAAGAAGGAUUCCUCCAGACACAGAACCCCGUCAUUAAGUGCCUAUCCAACGGCCAAUGGGAGGAGGCUUUGAUCAACUGUCACCCUGCCCUGACCAACUUAGCAGAGGUAGAGCAGAAGGUCACAACACCACCCUAUCAGAAUGAGGGGGUGGAGGUGGUGGACACAGCCACGGAGAAAGCCACUUCAGAGUUCUGGGACAUCAAGUGGAACUAAUAAGCUCAUCAAACUCAAUAUGCCCCUUCCCUCUGCCCUGGAAUCCUAUGUUCCACUCAAAGACUGUCCAACCUUGUCCCUCCAACAAGGUGGAGAAAUAAAUGUUCUCCCUGAGAACGAGUCAUCACAUUCCUGUCACCAGCUCUUUCCAGAAUAAACCCAUUUAAAACAUCCACAGACUUGAUGUUACUCGGACCUAGUGCCGAUCGAUCACACUUACAAUAAGAGUACAUCCCAACAUAUGGCCACGAUUAGAGGAAAUGGAUCAAAUUUGCACAGUACAGUUUGUCAUUGGAAUGAGCUUUAACGAAGAUGUCCCAUCCAUCAUUGGGCUUGUUUGUUGUAUAAUGAUAUGUGAUUGUUGACUAGUGAAAUUCUUUGAUAUUCACCUGUGCUACGACACUGUUGGAUUAUUGUAUUUGACUGCGAUUAACAUAUAUUAUGACAUGUUUAUGAUGGUAUACAGUAAGAUUUUGAUGGAGAGUUUUAGUAAAGUGCAACCUAAAUCUCAACCUCAGCUGGUCUGACAUUAACCGAAGCCACUUUCCCCACUCUCUGCCACCAAGACAGAAUUAAGAUGUCCACUUUCGUAUGCUUUUGUAUAAGAAAAUCUCCUUAUCAAUCCAUAUCUUCUCAAUUCCCACAACACAAAGCAUUUUCUCAACAUGUCCUCUUAUCUGGUGCUUUGUUUUUCAGGUGUCUUACGAACUUUGGACCCAAAAUUAGAAGCCAAUAUCCACUUUUAAUGUACUUGGUUUGAAAAUAGCCAGAAUCCAAAGUUUUUUUUUUUAUACUCUCGUAAAAACGUAAUCACUAAGAUACUAGGAAGAACAUGUGAAAAUGUCCACAAUGGUAUUUCCGUUUUCAUGCAUCAAUGAUGUCAUUGUCUUAGUUCCAGUGGAAGUAAUACUGUACGUUGGUAGUGUUUAACAGUAAUCAAAUAAUGCUAAUUGUAAAUCCCAUUUGUGACUGCACAAUUGCAUAUUGAACUUGUUAUGAAAGAAAAAAUGUAAUUGUUAAACUAAUUAAAAAGGAGAUGGAUUAAAUGAAAAUAAGAAAAAUAUCAUUUUUGGAGAGUAGAAAAUACAUAUCUAAUAAAAUGAAUUGAUUACAAUGUA